AUGGCAACGACUGAGCUUGACAACCUUCGGAAGCAGCUAGAGUCGCUUCAACGAUCUCAUGACGCGCUACUGAAGAGCUUAUCUGCAACGAACGACACCUUUAAACCAUCCGAUGUCUCACAACUUCGCCGCACAUCUACACGACAUGGCGGCGACGCUAUCUUUGCCGAUACUUCGACAUUAUCUGAUGACAGCAGCGACGAUGAAGACGACUUUUUCGUCCAAGACGAGUUACCUUCCCACUCAUUCGACCAUGAACAUCUACGCGAACACUUGAAGACACACAACUGGACUGAACAUGGCAGAGAGAUCCUGGCACCAAUUAUUUCCGAUCCCGCAAAACUCACCAAACAACCUCACCUCUUCCAUAUGGGACCUGGGCCAGCAGAAGAUCGAAGUCAUUAUUCACACUUUCAAGUGUACAAUGUCGGACCUAACGGUUUGCCUGAGCUGAUUGAAGUUGCUGGUCCCGAAAACAACAUGAGUCGAGCAACUGAAAUCUGGCAUGCACUCCGGGAUAUCGGCAAGCAGCCGGACGAGAAGGUGGUCGGACGUAUCACCAUAGCACGAGAACCUUCACCAAUCUUGUUUGGUGCGCUCCAUCUGACACUACAUGAUGCUUUCGAUAUGGACGAGCUAUUUCGGCACCUGGUGGAAACGGAAGCCUCGUCUGCGCACAUGUUCCGGGCUUUCAAUUCGAAUCCUAAGCAUCAAAGAUCUUUCUUCUUCAACUUUGAAUACUAUACGAUUGUCGGAGACGACUGUGUCCCUAUGCAGUGGCAGCGUGCGGAUAAGAUAACGGGCCAUUCCGACCACCACAUACCUCUUUCGCGGUGCAGUGCCGUUGUCGCGCUUGUUCUCUAUGACGACAAACCACGCCGUAUUCGUAAUAGAGGGAGACGUGCGAAGACACAGUUUGGAUGGGUCAACGAUGUCUGGUCACCGUGGCAGGUUUUACAGCUUGAGAGUUUUCCAGAUUGGAAGUCGACGCCAGCGAAUGGAACACCGUAUACUUUCGAAACCGGCCAUAAGUACCUGAAUGGCGCUGAAGCGUUCCUCCAUGCUUUGUUAACGGAAUAUCGCGACGCUAGAAAGAGAUUUGACGAAAUCUAUAAACGUAUCACCGACCUAGUUACCCCUCCCUUGGGCUUCCUAUUCAGCGAGGAGUUACGACGAGCCCGAUUAUUCGAGGAUAAAGAUUUUACUUGGAUUCGCAGAUAUUUCUACGCUCAUCAAACGUUGGGUAACGUCAACAACAGCAUCAAAUCCAUGAUUGACGCUUUCGAAGACACUUUCACCGAUGACAUCUGGGAAGGCCAGAACAAGACGCUAUGGCCACUUUUCGAGGAGUCAGCGCGUAAUGAGCACUGGAAGCGCCGUUUGCGAUUGUUGAGGCUUCAGUUUGAACGAGAGAUGAAGGAGCUCAGAACCAUUAUAGCAGAAAACAACGAAAGACGUCAUGAAAUCGAGACGCUGCAGGAGCAGUUGUUCUCUGGUACUAGCAUUCAAGAGUCACGGAAGUCUGUUGAGCUGGCAGAUGUUACCGUACAUCAAGGAUACAACAUCAAGGUCUUGACUAUCGUGAACCUAUUCUUCAUGCCUCUCACAUUUGUAACGUCCGUCUUUGGCAUGACGAAUAUGCCAGAAAGCCCGGCACCCUUCUGGCCAUUUGCAAUCGUCCUGGUGGCAAUCUGCGUACCCUUCUUCAGCAUCAUCGGCUUCCUUUCCACAAAAUACGGCUACGCCAUCUGGGCACAGAAAACAAAGGAACUAUGGCGAUGGCUGAGACCGAACACUAAAUCAAAAGUUCCGGACGACACGGACCUGGUAACGCCAACGCGCGUCAACAGAACCAUGUCGGCGGAAGCGGGCAUGCGGUUGCGGCUGGGUGAUAGAGAGGGUAUGGGUGUGGGUGUGGGAAUGUCGAGAAGGCGAUCAAGCGGGAGACCUGCGCCUAGUCAUCCGCACAUUCAGCGCAUGGUGGAGAGAAUGGGCGAGGGAAGGGAAAGCGGGCUGACGCGGAUGGGAACGGUCGUGCAUGAUGGAAUGUCAGACACGGAGAAAGAAAAGAGUGUAGGCACAGGAAGAGAUGCUGUCAUCGAUAUCAGAGAACCAUGA